CGGGGUCAUGAUGAUGAUGUUUCCAGCACCAGUGAAGAUGACGGGUAUCCUGAGGACAUGGAUCAAGAUAAGCAUGAUGACAGUAGUGAUGACAGCGACACUGACAGAUCAGAUGGAGAAAGUGAAGGGGAUGAAUUUGUGCACCGUGAUGAUAACGAGAGAGAUAACAAUGAAGAAAAAAAGUCAGGUCUGAGUGUAAGAUUUGCAGAUAUGCCUGGAAAAUCAAGGAAGAAAAAGAAGAACAUGAAGGAGCUGACUCCUCUUCAAGCCAUGAUGCUUCGAAUGGCAGGUCAGGAAAUCCCUGAGGAGGGACGGGAAGUAGAAGAAUUUUCAGAGGAUGACGACGACGAUGAUUCCGAUGAUUCUGAAGCGGAAAAGCAAUCACAAAAACAGCAUAAAGAGGAAUCUCUUUCUGAUGGCACAUCUUCUGCUUCUUCACAGCAGCAGGCCCCCCCGCAGUCUGUCCCUCCUUCUCAGAUCCAAGCACCUCCCAUGCCAGGACCGCCUCCUCUUGGACCACCACCGGCUCCGCCCUUACGGCCCCCUGGACCACCUACGGGCCUUCCUCCUGGACCACCUCCGGGAGCUCCUCCAUUCCUGAGACCACCUGGAAUGCCGGGACUCCGAGGGCCUUUACCCCGACUUUUGCCUCCAGGCCCACCACCAGGCCGACCCCCUGGCCCUCCCCCAGGUCCACCUCCAGGUCUGCCUCCUGGCCCUCCUCCUCGGGGACCCCCACCAAGGCUACCUCCCCCUGCACCUCCAGGUAUCCCUCCACCUCGUCCCGGCAUGAUGCGCCCACCUUUGGUGCCUCCACUUGGACCUGCCCCACCUGGGCUUUUCCCACCAGCUCCCUUGCCGAACCCGGGGGUGUUAAGUGCUCCACCCAACUUGAUUCAGCGACCCAAGGCGGAUGAUACAAGCGCAGCCACCAUUGAGAAGAAAGCCACGGCAACCAUCAGUGCCAAGCCACAGAUCACUAAUCCCAAGGCAGAGAUUACUCGAUUCGUGCCCACUGCAUUGAGGGUACGUCGGGAGAAUAAAGGGGCCACUGCUGCUCCCCAAAGAAAGUCAGAGGAUGAUUCUGCUGUGCCUCUUGCCAAAGCAGCUCCCAAAUCUGGUCCAUCUGUUCCCGUCUCAGUGCAGACUAAGGAUGAUGUGUAUGAAGCUUUUAUGAAAGAGAUGGAAGGGCUUCUGUGACAGCUUUUAAUGCCACGGCAGGUUUCUGUUCACAUCAGUGGUUCGUGGGGAAAGAGGCUCUUACUACACUUAGUGAAAGAGUGACUUUCGCUGUCAGGGUAUUUUUAAAUUUUAGUUCAAGGAAUAUCCUAAAGUUUAGCCUUGUUCAGAAUUUAUUGCAUAUAAGAGAGGAUUAUUUCAUUCAGAAUAGAUUGGUUAUUGAAGCAGUGCUGCUAACAUCCAUUCCCUUUCAGACCACCCUUUUCAUCCCGUUUGUUCCCCUUCUCCAAUUCUUUGGAAACUUGUGAUCGGGGGGAAUCUUUGUUACUUACUUGUUUUGAUUCUCGUGUGCGGUGGGCACUGGAGUAGAGAUUUCUGGAAAAAAAAAAAAAAAAGUUUAUUUUACCCCAUCUUGCCUUUUGUGUUUGAGUUAUUUUAAUAUUUUCUUGUAAAUAUUUUGUAAUAUUUUAGUGAAAUGGAUCGCAGUGUCAUUUCCUAAUACAAAGCAAGAUAUGUGGGAAGAAAAUGUACAAUUCUUUGAUUAAAAUUACUUCCCACUGAGCUAAACUUUGAGUGUUUCGUGGAAUAAAUAAAUAAAUGUUCUACACCAAGAUAUCCUUUGUGUUAACUGAUAAUAUAUAAAUAUGGUAUCUGUGUUAUGGGCAGAAAAGAAGCAAGUAUUUAAAAAUUGUGUUUUAAGGAACUACCAUUGCUGGUACACAAUGAGAAUCUUAUUAAGAAUAUCGUUGAAAAUAAGUUUUAAAUUUUAAGGCAUAAAGAAAAGAGAAUUAUUUUCCUUAAUGGAUUAUGAUAUUGGCUUUGGAGAAAUUGAGAGGUUAUUAAUUGCAUAGAACAUGAGUCUUUUCCUCAAAGAUUGUUUAUUUUUCCAGAGCUCUGUAAGCUGACACUAAUUGAUGGGCGAAAGCUUUUAAACCAUGUCUAAAUUAUUAGAUAGCCAGAAAAAGUUACUUUUACUUUGUUCAAUUUGUCAGUUGUGUAAGUUUUUAUUAUUAAAAGACAUAAAAUGAA